GGUCGUUCGGUGGCUGCUCUGAUACGAUAACCAUUAACGUUGGCGUUCCACAAGCUUCGGUGCCCUCCCCCACGCUUUUCAUCCUGUAUAUCAAUGACAUGCUAUCUAUUGAUGGCAUUCAUUGCCAUGCAGAUGACGACACGGGGGAUGCGCGAUAUAUCGGCCAUCGGAGUUUUUCUCGGAGCGUGGUGGAAGAGAGACGCUCCUAACCUUGUGUCUGAAGUGGAGGACCCUCUGGGACGAAUCUCCGAGUGGAGUGAAUCGAACUUAGUUCAAUUCACUCCGUUGAAGACACAUGUUUGCGCGUUCACUGCGAAGAAGGACCCCUUUGUCGUGGUGCCACAAUUCCAAGUAGUAUCCCUGAAACCUUCCACGAGUAGUCCUUUAACGAAUACUUGGAGACGAUAUUUCGAGCGAUGUCUAGUUUCAGAAUCAUUUGGAGGGCAAAGCUAA